CUCGGUGAGCUAAUGGCGGUGUUCCUGGUAAAUAACUGUGCAUUUCCAGGUUGUGGACUGACAUUUACAUCCCUUGCAGAUCUAAUCCAACACAUCGAGGACAUACACAUAGAUACGGACCCUCGUGCAUUAGAGAAACAGGAACUCCAACAGCCAUCAGCUCUCGCCCUUAGUUACGUCUUGAGGUUUUUCACAGAGGCAGCCAAGAAGGAGAAUGCUGACCCAUUCAGGAAGAGAGUUCGCCCCCAGUCACCAGCCAUGUCCCUCCCCAGCAGCACUCCAACCGGGAGUGAGAUAGACGAGGAGGAGGUGCGGAGUGAUGACGAGGAAGACAGUAACGACUCAUGGACCACACAGGAGGAGUUCUCUUCAGACACAAUACUCAGCAUGAUGGGCAGUAAGGACCAGGAGGGAGACAAGCCGUUCGCCUGCCCCGUCCCGGGCUGUAAGAAGCGCUACAAGAACAUCAAUGGGAUCAAGUAUCACGCAAGACACGGCCACAAGCGGGAGGCCAAGAUAGUUGUGAAAAAAUCUUACAAGUGUUUUUGUGGGAAAAGUUACAAGACGGUCCAAGGCCUUCGGAACCACAGCGCUCAGCAGCACCAGACGGUAGACAUGGGCAGCAGUCAGACGGCCACCAUUGCCCAGUCUUUGAGUCUCAAGACGCAAUACACACCCACAAGUGUUCUCAAGACAAUUGCCAACAACACCACCAUUGACGCCCUCCUUCUGUCAACAUCUACACAGUCAGCAGUCAAACUUCCACAAAAUGUCCUCCAAUCUGCAGUGUCCACAGCUCAGACAGUUCGCAGUCCCUUGACAACUGUUGCCAUGACAAUUGUACAAGCAGCUAAUGAAAAUACUCCCACAUUGUCUUCAGUGACCCCUAUGCAACUUGUCAGCCAGUCAUCCCCAGCAUUAUCUGUUGCCAUAGCUACUGCUAAAGUUGAAUAACCAAAGAGCAGACAAUUAUAAUGCAUUCACUCACAGCCAAAACACUGUCACGACUGUGUUAAUUAGUAAGCUUAAAGAGAACAUUCAUUCUUUGCCAGAACAUUUUUACCACUUUAUGGUGUUUUUCGUCAAUAAUCUAAGGCUAAAUACAGCUGGAAAUAUAUUUCCUUAUUUCUUUCUAAGAGGCCAGGGUUAACCGGCAUGUACAAGAGAAACAAAAACAUUAGUAUAACCUAGGAACACAAUGUAUUUUGAAAGCUUUGGUGGACAUAUUAAGUUUAUAUUCCAUACCAGCUACACAAUUAGCUGCAUCCUUUGAAGAAGUUUGUGAAAAUAUUCUUGAUAAUUCAAGAACAAGCCUGGAUAAAACAAUUAUGUCUGAAAUAUGUAUUUCACUCAAACAUCAUGAUAUUAAGUUGUUGUGAUAGAUAGGACUGCAAAAAUUCUAACCUUUCCAAAGACCACUGUAAGGUAUUAUGUCCUAAGAAGUUGUAUUGCUGUUGAUGAUACAUCUUUUAUAGGUGCUCAAUGAGUUAAGCAGGCUUGCUUUAGACAUGUUGAUAUGAAUAUAUUGUUAUCAUGGCUAUUGUAGUCCUUUCAACAUGUCCUUGAUGACUUGCUGUAACAGCACCAAACUGCUUCACAGUAAUGACUCACAAUACGUUGACACACCGUGACAAAUGCUGAAGUACUGUAUCCCACAGUAGAGGCUGUCAGGUUUGCAGAUGGAAUAGAAUCUUGCUGGUUUUCAUGACACAGCAUGUGGAGGCUUACAUUUGCAGAAAAAGAAAUGCUGAAGUGUUUGGUUCAGUCAUGAUUAAUUGAACCUGCAAUGUUUUCUUGAUGUUUGUGCAUUAUUUGUGUUUUGCUCAUUUUAUGAUUGCAUGAAAGUUUUGAGAGUAGUAUCAAGUACAUUAUCACCUUUUCGGUAUUCAGUGUAUUUUAUCUCCAUUCUAUAUGACGAAUACUCUGCGUCUUAGUUUUGGAAGCACAUUACAACCUUCAUUGCCUCUUUCUCUGGGUUAGCACAGAUUGUCUUCAGCUCAUGAGAGCAAUUUGAAUACUGUAUAUUGCCUUCUAUAAAGAAACUCCAUGUAUAUGUCGACCCCUGUAUAAACCUUUAAAGUUGAUCUAAUAUAUAAACUCUUCUAUAAUGCGACUAUGAAGGAAGCACAUCGUCAGCGCAUACACAACCCCAAAAUUUGCAAUGAAAACAUGUCUGUCUUCUGUUGUUUUUUUAUACAAUGCGUGGUUAUGUAGAAUUCCAGCUCAUAGCGUCAUGCAUUGUGUCAUUCAUUCAGGCUAUUGAAGCAGCUGUAGCAACAGAAAUGAGUCCAGAGUGUAAUAAAAUAAAAUAGAAUGUAGAUAUUAUACACUUCGUAAAGCAUAGAAUCACUGACCAAACUUCAGCAAUGUUCAAAUUUCAUAUCAUUUGUCAGUUUAUUUUCAACAAUUUUUAUAUAUAUUGUAUUUUGUGAAAUCAAGAAUCUCAUAGCAUGGUGUGUUCAUGUGUAAAUGUGAAAUCCAUCUUUUGUCCAUUAUGACAUUCACUAUAUUAUUGUUGCUGCUUGUGAUAUUUGAAGCUCAAUGUGUAUUUAGACAUUAACAAUUCAGUUGUCGUUUACUUGUUUGCAUCACAAAGUAUUGGUUUCAGAUUCAGGCGCAGCCAGGGAUACCCAACAAGUAAAGGUUACGGUACUUGUGUAUACACCUGAUGUCUGUCUAUACAUCCCACCGAUCAAGAAAUCUGUACCCCACCAUUAUCUUCAUAUGUUUUGUAACAGAUUUAUAGAUUAGUGUUUGUCAAGAGACAGUAGAAGACACUGCCAGUGGGAUGGCUGUGAAUGUGUUCACUGAGAAUAUUUUAGGUAAUUUUGACACAUAUUUUUACUGCAAGUAUCUCACUCCCUCUCCAUUUUCGGAGGCUGCACAACUAUGCCCACCUCUAAUAACCAAAUGACAAACUUGUGAAGGGAGAUAACUGAGGCAGUAGUGUAUAAAGUGAUUAUGAAUCAAGAUGCUCACAUUUUAUAUUGCAAGUUGUUGUGAUAAGGGAUUUACUAGAUCAUUACAUUUUGAAUAUUUUCAUUGGCAACGAAAUUACAACCAGAUUUAUAUGCAACAAAGGAAAAUAUCUUCACAGAAAGGAAAACAUGGAACUACAAAUAACAUUAUUUUGUGAUAUUCUCACUGUCUGGGUACAGGAGGAGAAUAAACCCAACUCACCCACUAGUUGUUGAAUAUAGUAUUGGAGGUUUACAUACUACUCAAAAGAAUUUAAAGAAUACUAAAACCUUUUCCUAUUACCAUUGUUAAUCCAUCAUGGACAAAUUAUGUAUCAGUAGUAAUAUGACAGAAUCAGUAGUCCUUAACGUCUUUUGAGUAGUAUAAUAAAACAUUAUGGGCUGGUGUCAUUUCAUGUAUGAAGUUUUCAUAAAUAUCUUCCAUUGUGUCCUGGGAUGUACCAGUGUGAUGCAUGCUAGGAUGUGUUCCAGUCGGCUCUAGUCAAUCCGUGUUCUUCUGUAUGUGUGCUUGUUCACGGAGUAUCACGAGAACUGCAUACCAUGACAACUAUUUAUUGAGUGGUGUUUCGUGUUGGUUACUUUCGUGACAAAAUUCAAACCGUAACUUCUAAUGUCAAAACUAUUUGAAUGUCUCUUGUUUUUAAUUUAUUAUGUAUUAUACAAAAAACAGUACUAGUCUGAUAUACACCU